AAACACAAAAUUUGUUACAAAACUUCACUUCUAUUCCAAACCUCUCCUUAUUCUAUAGCAACAAUGAGUACACGUUUUUUGCUUGCCCUUUUUCUCUUUUCCAUUUGUUUCAUUAUCUCUUUUUCUCAUGCACUGAACAAUGGUUUUAGUGUUGAACUCAUUCACCGCGACUCUCCAAAGUCACCACUCUACCAAGCUACAGAAAAUAGAUACCAACGUGUUGUCAAUGCAGCACGUCGUUCUAUCAACCGUGCCAAUCAUUUCUACAAAAAUUCCCUCACAAAUACUCCUAAAUCAACCGUAAUUCCAGAUAAAGGUGAGUAUCUCAUGACCUAUUCAGUUGGUACCCCACCAUUUAAGGUAUAUGGUAUUGCCGACACCGGUAGUGACAUUAUUUGGCUUCAAUGUGAGCCUUGUAAACAAUGUUACAAACAAACUACUCCUAUGUUUAAUCCUUCAAAAUCAUCAAGUUACAAAAAGCUACCUUGUUCGUCUAUCCUAUGCCAAUCUGUGAGAGAUACCACUUGUAAUGAACAAAAUUCUUGUCAAUAUUCUAUUACUUAUGGUGAUCAAUCACAUUCACAAGGAGAUCUUAGUGUUGAGACUCUUACAUUAGAAUCCACCACGGGUCGUCCUGUUUCAUUUCCUAGAACUGUGAUAGGAUGUGGAACCGAUAAUACAGUUUCGUUUCAAGGUGCAAGCUCUGGUAUAGUUGGUCUUGGUGGUGGACCUUCGUCUCUUAUAACACAACUGGGAUCGUCAAUUGAUGGAAAAUUCUCUUAUUGUUUAUUGCCAUUGUUGCUUGAGUCAAACACAGUUGAGUCAACCACUACGAGCAAACUCAAUUUUGGAGAUGUCGCUGUGGUUUCUGGUGAUGGUGUUGUGUCAACUCCUAUAGUGAAAAAAGACCCAUCAGUUUUCUAUUAUUUGACAUUGGAAGCAUUUAGUGUUGGAAACAAAAGAGUAGAAUUUGGAGGGUCUUCACAUGGCGGUGAGGGUAAUAUCAUAAUUGAUUCAGGUACAACAUUGACACUUUUACCAAAUGAUGUUUAUACUAAUUUGGAAUCAGCUGUAGUAGAAUCGGUGAAAUUAGAGCGCGUUGAUGAUCCCAGUCAAACAUUCGGCUUAUGCUAUAGUGUCAAAUCAGAUGGAUAUGAUUUUCCCCUAAUCACUGCACAUUUUAAAGAUGCGGAUGUUAAGUUGCAUUCUAUGAGUACUUUUGUUCCAAUUGCUGAGGGCAUUGUUUGUUUAGCUUUUACCUCAUCUCAAAUUGGUGCUAUCUUUGGAAACUUGGCUCAACAGAAUUUGUUGGUUGGUUAUGACCUUAAACAAAAAACAGUGUCGUUUAAGCCUAUGGAUUGUACCAAAGUGUAA